AUGGAAACCUUCUCACUAUACCUUGCUAAUAUCCACUGUGAAAAGUGUGAAACAGCAAUCAGUCGUAUAUUAUCAAGCAUGUACUCAAUUGUCAAUCUGAACUCACCCGAAACUUUAACAAACAAAGAAGUCAUACUCAAAAUUUCCAGCAACGAAGUUAAGAUCCAGGGCAACCGCAAUGUAAAUUUCCAACACGAUACCAAACGAAUCAUCAAACAUUUCGAAAAAGCUGGAUUUAAAGUAACAUCUUGGGAGAUAACUAGAGGCAAUGAUAUUGUUCUGAACUCACACAUGGAUACCGAAGACAUGUCAGACCACGACGAAGGAUUUUUUGAUCUUGUUGGAUUCUAUCAAAGAUUUACCAGCUCAAAAUCAGAAAAGAAACAUUUGAAAUAUUGUAAAGUGUGUCAGGAUAAACAUGCUGAGACUAAUAAACAAGAACUGUCUACGGAUACUUCUAGUUUGGAGACUAUAGUGGUGGACACUCCCACUAAAGAAUUCAGAGCUUCAUUUUUGGUUAAAGGAAUGACGUGUUCUGCAUGUGUACAAACCGUUUCCGACACGUUAGCUUCGAUCUUAGGUGAAUCCAGUACCAAAGCUGCUACAGAUGAACCAAACUUUUCUGUCAAUUUAAUUCAGCAAUCAGUGGUGGCUAUUAUUCCAAACAAACAAGUUGUUAAUAAAAUUAUUGAUGGGAUCAAUGACUUGGGGUUUGACUGUAGCUUGGUCGAAGUGCUUCCAGUACAACGAACUAUUAACACUAGAGUCACAGCCAUAAUCAGUGGUAUGACAUGUGCUGCGUGUGUUAACUCCAUUGAAUCGGUGGUCAACCAACUUCCAUUUAUAUUAGAAAGUGGUGUCAAUUUAGUUACCAAAACCGGUCAGUUUGUAUUACAAGAUGACGAUGGAUCCAAUAUCAAAAAAUUACAAGAAACAGUAGAAGAUUGUGGAUUUGAUUUUAGCCUUGUUAAACAAGAAAAAAUCAAUUAUACUUCAAGUAAAACCAAACCUAGAACAAUCAAUAUUAAAGUUGAUGGUAUGUUCUGUAACCAUUGUCCAGAAUUGAUUAUGAAUUACUUGUCAAAUUAUGGUGAUGCUGUGGUUAUACAAGAUCCAAUCAGUUUAAAGAAUCCCUAUAUCAAGUUCACAUAUAUACCAACUGAAAACACAACUGUAAGGAAAUUCCUCGGCGAUUUAAACCAUAUUCAUGCCAAGGAUGAUAGUUAUGAAAUCACCGAUUUACCAGGUCCAUUUGAGUGUGAGCUUAUUCGACCAGUUUCCAUAGAUGAACAAGUUAAACUUCUUGCUAAACGUGAAUUACUUGGCUUGGCAAUCAGAUUAGCAGCAGCCACUGUGUUUGUCAUCCCUACAUUUGUAUUUGGUAUCGUUGCCAUGUCAUUAUUACCCAAAUCCAAUAGAUUCAGAAUGUGGGUAGAAGAACCUUUGUGGACCGGAAAUGUCUCGCGUAACUCUUGGAUCUUGUUCCUUCUCGCCACUCCAAUCUACUUCUUCGUGGCCGAUACGUUCCAUAGAAAGGCUAUUAAAGAAAUCAGAUCGCUAUGGGUCCACAAAAACUCAUUCACGGCUCGUUUACUCAGGUUUGGAUCCAUGAAUCUUUUAAUGAGCAUCGGAACCAGUGUGGCUUACUUUGCCAGUAUUGUACUUAUUGGAUUGAGUUCCCAACAGAAACCAAAGACCCACAUGGGAUUCCAUACUACAUAUUUUGAUUCGGUUGUAUUUUUGACUUUCUUUUUGUUGAUUGGGAAAUUACUUCAAAGUUAUUCAAAGAGGAAAACCGCUGAUGCUGUAUCUCAGUUGGCCAAUUUGCAAGAAAGGCAAGCUACAUUAGUUGAUAAGAGUGGAGAUAAUGCCCAAAGGGUUGACAUCGAAUUGUUGGAGGUUGGUGAUUAUAUUAAGAUUGGUACCGGUGAAUCACCACCAGUGGAUUGUGUCAUUGUUGAAGGUAAUGCUGAGUUCGACGAAUCGGCAUUAACCGGUGAAUCUACCCCUGUGAAACAUUUGACUGGACAUCAAAUAUUCUCUGGUACUGUGAACAUUAGCUCAACUUCAAUUGUAGCUAAAGUUACGUCGUUGGAAGCCGAUUCGUUAUUAAGUCAAAUUGUCACCACAGUGAGAGACGGUCAACUAAGAAAAGCUCCGAUGGAAAGAACAGCCGAUUUAAUAACGGGUUCAUUCGUGCCUGUUAUCAUAUUCUUGAGUAUAAUUACAUGGAUCAUCUGGAUAAGUUUAGGUUAUUCCGGAGCAUUACCCGAGAGCUACUUGGAUAUAGAUAUCGGUGGAUGGACAGUAUGGUCAUUGGAAUUUGCCAUAGCCGUGAUUGUUAUUGCCUGUCCUUGUGGUAUUGGUUUAGCUGCACCUACAGCAUUAUUUGUUGGAUCUGGAUUGGCUGCAAAGUAUGGGAUUUUGGCUAAAGGAGGUGGUGUUGCUUUCCAAGAUGGAGCCAGUACUAAUGUAGUCUGUUUUGAUAAAACUGGGACAUUGACGAAAGGUGAAUUGACAAUUACUGAUUAUUCAUUCAUCACUAAACUGGAUGUCGAUAAGCAGUUUGCUUUGCAAGUCACCAGAGAUUUGGAAGUUGCUUCCAACCAUCCCUUGGCUAAAGCUGUUAGGUUUUUUAUCGACAGAUUUGGUGGUUCAUUAUCUGGUAACAAGAUUCCCCAAGUUGAGACUGUUCCUGGGAAGGGAUUGAGGGGUAAGAUAGUAUCCCAGGAAGAUGAUGAGCUAUGGAAGGAGUAUCAACCUGAAGAAGCUAUUCUUGGGAAUGAAAAAUUAGUUGAAGAUUACGGAGUGCACUUAACCCAGUCCCAAACCGAACUCAUAACUGAAUGGAAAACUGGUCGUAAAUCAGUUAUUUUAGUUGGUUUGAAAUGUGAGAAAUUAUACAAAGACAAGUUCUUCCACUUGGUAUUAAUGAUGGCAGCUCGUGAUGAUAUUAGGCCAGAAGCUAAAAAAGUUAUAGAAUUUUUACAAAACAAAAACAUAGACUGUUGGAUGAUCACUGGUGAUAAUCAAUUAACGGCUGAAGCAAUAGCUAAAGAAAUUGGAAUCAAAAAUGUUGUUAGUGAAGUAUUACCCGAUGAAAAAGAAUUACAAAUUAAAAGAAUCCGUCAAAUCAAAAAUAAGCCGGUUAUAGCUAUGGUUGGUGAUGGUAUUAAUGAUGCUCCAGCAAUGGCAAGUGCUGAUGUUGGGAUUGCUCUUUCGUCAGGCGCUGAUUUAGCCAUUACAUCAAGUGAUUUUAUAUUAUUAAACAAAUCAUUCCCUUUGCUUUCAUUAGUAACAUUGUUUGAUUUAUCAAGAACCGUGUUUAGAAGAGUUAAAUUUAAUUUUGGAUGGAGUUUGGUUUAUAAUAUGAUUGGGUUACCUAUUGCUGCUGGUGUUAUUUAUCCAUACCAUAAUUCAAGAUUGGAUCCAGUUUGGGCCAGUGCUGCUAUGGCGUUAUCUUCCGUGAGUGUUGUUUUAAGCAGUUUGGCAUUGAAAUUUUACAGACCCAAAUUCAAAGCUAGUGAUUUCCAAAUGGAUGAAAGUGAAGUUAUAGAACCCAAACAGCAUUUUACUUAG